GAAUACGAAACUCCCGCACCAAAGGAAUACGAAACUCCCGCACCAAAGGAAUACGAAACUCCCGCACCAAAGGAAUACGAAACUCCCGUCAAAAAAUACAGGAGAGAUGCGCAUGAAAAGUCCGAAUACGAGACUCCUGAAUACGAGACUCCUGAAUACUCGUCACCGUCAUUAGAGGAGGUGUCGAAAAUGCACUCAAAGAUAGCUAAAUUUUGA